GGACGUGGCGGAGGCGCACGGCCCGGAAGGAGGAGACGUUGGAUGCGGUUGUCGACUACUGGCAACGGAGGCUCGGCCAUGAAUUUACCCGGGACGGCGGCGGUGGGCCUGGCAGGCGUCUCCUCGCUGCGUCCCCCCUGCUAACGGGACAGGUAAAGAAGCCAGCGGGAGGUGGAGGGGCGCGCCGUCCAUGUCGGCGGAAGAGGCAAAGAGGCACGGAGACCUUGGCCGCAGAUUUUGACAUUAUGGCAGGAAGGCAUCAGAGUCGUAGUUUUCCUCUUCCAGGGGUCCAGUCGAGUGGACAAGUACAUGCAUAUGGAAACUGUACAGAUAGCGAUGUGUUGGAGGAGGAUGCUGAAGUGUAUGAGCUUCGAUCCAGAGGAAGAGAAAAAGUCCGAAGGAGUACAUCGAGAGAUAGACUUGAUGACAUUAUAGUAUUAACGAAAGAUAUACAGGAAGGAGAUACUUUAAAUGCAAUAGCCCUUCAAUACUGUUGUACGGUAGCAGAUAUCAAGAGGGUUAAUAAUCUCAUCAGCGAUCAAGACUUUUUUGCCCUUAGGUCUAUCAAAAUUCCAGUAAAAAAGUUUAGUUCAUUGACUGAAACCCUUUAUCCUCCAAAAGCAAGACAGGCUUCACGUCCCUCAUCUGUCCCGUGUGCUCCAGAACAACAGGAACUUGUGCCUGCUAAUGAUUCUCUUUCUUCCAGUGAGUCCGCUGGUAGCUUUUUAAAAGAAGUGGACCGAGACAUAGAGCAAAUAGUAAAGUGUACAGACACCAAAAGAGAGAACCUUAAUGAGGUGGUAUCUGCCUUAACAGCACAGCAGAUACGUUUUGAUCCUGAUAAUAAAAACACUCAACGUAAGGAUCCCUAUUAUGGAGCAGACUGGGGUAUCGGAUGGUGGACAGCAGUAGUGAUAAUGUUGAUAGUAGGUAUAAUAACGCCAGUAUUUUAUUUGCUAUAUUAUGAAAUUUUAGCUAAGGUGGAUGUUAGUCACCAUUCAACAGUGGAUUCUUCACAUUUGCAUUCAGGAAUCACACCUCCAUCACAACAGAGAGAAAUGGAAAAUGGAAUUGCCCCAACGAAAGGAAUACACUUUGGCCAACAAGAUGAUCAUAAACUAUACAGACAAGAUUCACAGUCACCUGCUGCUCAACACAAAACAUAGCAAUGAGUUCACAGUCACUUUGUAGCACUCACGUGUGUGCAUCUGGAAUGUGAUGAAUCAAUUAUACUCGAUAACCACUUACAACGAAGUAUUUAGGGAGAUUGAAGAUAACUUUUUUUCCGAGCCAUUUAUAAGCGGAGUGUGUAUAAAAUCCUUAAGCUUGCUAGUUCAUGUUGAGAGCAAGCAGUCUGUUUCUGUUACAUCACUGCUUGAAGAGGAAGUGAAUUUAUAUAUGUGUUUAGGAAGUUCUAAAUUCAGAAAUGUAUCAUUUAUUCAAGACUAGUUAUGCUUAAGUUCUAUUUUUUGGUUUAAAAUUAUUGUUAAGUUUAUUAUAAUGUGAAUGAUAACAUCAGAUGUCUGCAACUGAAGAAUAUAUACUACUGUGAGCCAUCAAAACAUUUAGUUGCAAAAAAAAAAAGCUGGUUCCAGAAUUACUUAUGAUGGCACAUACUUAAUACUCCAUUUUGAAACUUUUAAAAACACAUUUAACACAUAGUAUAUGAAGAAAUGAAUGGGAAAGUAAUGUGUAAUUUCUGUAAUAGAGGGUAAGAAACAGAUUGAAUAUUUUUAAGCCUCCAAAAUAAUGUGUUAUGGUUGGGAAUUUGCCAUUAGGUCACUAGAACACUGGAAUAGGUCAAGACCUAAAAGUGAUCUUUGUCCCUAAAGGUUUUCUUUGUUUCCCUAGGCAGGCCCUUUAAACUCUGCACUUCCGCAGUUCUUUGAUGAAAAGUAUUAUACAUGUACAAAUUAGCAUUAUUUAGGAAAUAAUUCCUUACGUACUGUGAUAAAUCAUUGCUGUUACAUGGAGUAACAUGCCUUAAAGACAUUUAAUGCCUUAAAAUUUUAUGUAAACUGGUAUAAUUUUUAGAAUUAAAAUUGAGCAUUACUUCAAAUGGUCCACUCAGAUUCAUUACAUUUUGUUAGGUGCUGUCGAGCUGGUUUUGACUCAUAAUAACUCUGUGCAACAGAACGAAGCACUGCCCAGUCCUGCACCAUCCUCACAAUUAUUGCUAUGUUUGAGUUCAGCCACUGUGUCAGUUCAUCUCCUUGAGAGUCUUCCUCUUUUUUGCUGACUGACUGCUUUACCAAGCAUGAUGUCCUUCACCAGGGACUGGUCCCUCCUGAUAACAUGUCCAAAGUACAUGAGGUUGAAAUCUCAUUAUCCUUGCUUCUAAUGAGCAGUCUGGUUUUACUUCUCCUAAGACAAGACUUGUUCAUACUUCUGGCAGUCCAUGGUAUAUUCAGUACCCUUUGCCAAUACCCUAAUUCAAAGGCAUCACUUCUUCAGUCUUACUGUCCAGUUUUUGAAUGCCAAUGAGGUGACUGAAAAUAACCAUGGCUUGGGUCAGGCACACCUCAGUUUUCAAAGUGAUAUCUUUCCUUUUUAACUUAAAGAGAUUUUAUAACAGAUUUGUCCAGUGCAGUAUGUCAUUUGAUUUCUUCACUACUGCUUUUUUUUUUUUUUUAUAUGGGCUGUAUAAAUUUAUCUCCACUUCCCUAUCAAACACAAGUUAAUGGGGUCAAAACAGAACUUUAUUGUCUGCCUCUGAGGUCUGUUGAAGAAAAUGGCUCAUUAAGCAAAAACAAGGCCUUCUGCAUUAGCAGUAGCAAAGUGCUUUAUUUAUGGAUUCCUUAACCUCUGUUUUUCAAAGAGAAAAUGCCUGAAUUACACUCUUUUCCCUGAACUACAGAAUCAGAUUGGGGAACAGAGACGGAAGGUGUGUGGAUGGGCCAAAAGGGCUUGGUAGUGCUGCUUCAAGACAGAUCUAUGGAUCAUACAGUCUGACUGAAUAGAAAGCAUCUCAUAUUGGUUCCCUUGUUUUUUUCUUUAAAGUUUUAUGUUCUUAAAAUGUAACCAAAAUGAUGCAAUAGAAGUGAGAUUCAUGGAAUUUGGAUUGCCUGUUUUGUCUAUAAUAAAGUGUGUACUUUAUUUAUAUAA